ACCCCCACUGCCCCACACGCAGCCUUCGCCGACGGACUCCGUCCAGUCCACCACCGCGCCGCCUCGCCUCGAGAAGCUCCACUAGGUCUAGGGUUGCAGUCCCCGAGGCUCUCGCGGGUCGCAAUGGAGGGCGGAGGAGGCGAGGCCGCGGAACCGGCCGUCGCGGCGGCGGCGGUGGCGGAGGUGAAGAACCCGAGGUGCUUCAUGGACGUCGGCAUCGGCGGCGAGAUUGAGGGGAGGAUCGUGAUAGAGCUCUACGCGUCGGUGGUGCCGCGGACGGCGGAGAACUUCCGCGCGCUCUGCACCGGGGAGAAGGGCGUCGGCCCCGUCACCGGCAAGCCGCUCCACUUCAAGGGAUCUUGCUUCCAUCGUGUUAUCAAAGGCUUUAUGAUACAAGGUGGAGAUAUAACUGCUGGUGAUGGAACAGGAGGGGAGUCAAUUUAUGGGUUGAAGUUUGAGGAUGAGAAUUUUGUUUUGAAGCAUGAGAGGAAAGGGAUGCUAUCAAUGGCUAAUUCUGGUCCGGACACAAAUGGAUCUCAGUUUUUCAUCACUACAACUCGGACACCUCAUUUGGAUGGGAAACAUGUAGUUUUUGGUAGAGUAAUUAAGGGAAUGGGGGUGGUUCGCUCAGUUGAGCAUGCUCCUGUUGGAGAGGCUGACCGCCCGACUUCUGAUGUUGAAAUUGUCGAUUGUGGGGAACUUCCUGAAGGUGCUGAUGAUGGAGUUGUGAACUUCUUCAAGGACGGUGAUACAUAUCCUGAUUGGCCCAAUGAUCUUGAUGAGAAGCCUAUGGAGGUGUCAUGGUGGAUGGAUGCUGUUGAGUCUGCUAAAGCUUUUGGGAAUAACAAUUUCAAGAAACAGGAUUACAAGGCAGCUUUGAGAAAGUACAGGAAAGCACUGCGUUAUUUGGACGUUUGCUGGGAGAAAGAAGAUAUAGAUGAAGAGAAAAGCUCAGCACUGCGGAAGACCAAAUCGAUUAUACUCACAAAUAGCUCUGCAUGCAAGUUGAAGUUGGGAGAUUUGAAGGGUGCUCUGCUAGAUGCUGAUUUUGCACUGCGUGAAAGUGAGGGCAAUGCUAAGGCAUUUUUUCGACAAGGACAGGCACACAUUGCACUCAAUGACAUUGAUGCAGCAGUGGAGAGCUUCAAGCAUGCAUUAGAGCUGGAACCAAGCGAUGGAGGAAUUAAACGGGAGCUAGCUGCUGCAAAGAAGAAGGUUGCUGACAGAAGGGAUCAGGAGAGGAAGGCAUUUGCAAGGAUGUUCCAACCUUCUGGAAAAUCGGACAAAAACAACGAAGAGAGCAAGUGAUCCAUAGUUUCCUUCCCCCGGCAGAACUUUUGGUAGCUUAAUCUGGGAUACAUACUGGAACCGUGAAAAAGGGUAUAACAAGGGAGUCUGCGCAACAAAAACGCCGACUACCUAUCUAGAUACAAGGAAAAAUAGUGGGGGGAGAGGAUAAUAGCCUUUUGUCUUUUUUUGCAUUACUACAAAAGUAACUGUGCGCCUCAACGUUAAGCUAAAGCUGAGACAUUGAACUGGACAGUAAUUUCCUUUCGCCUUGGACUGUUGUGCGCUCAACCUGACAAUUGACACCUUUUGUGCGUGGCUUCUCUCA